GCUUUAAGUCAGCUGCAAAAGAAGCUGGAAUCAUUGGAGGGAAGGAUGGAUGCCCUGGAGAAAUUUAAACCAGCAUGCAAGUUCGACUUUGAACGUGGAAUUGAUGACUGGCAGAAGACUGGAACUGCGUUUAACAACCAGCCGACCUAUGGUGACAACCCUACAGCUCGGAACAGAGGACAACCUGCGAGUCAACAAGGGGACUGGUGGAUUGGAGGAGCCGAGAACCGAUCCUCCAAAGCAGCUACCGCUGGUAACGUUCAAGGAGACGGACCCCAAGGAACUCUUACUUCCCCAUACUUCACCAUCACGGGAAAACAAAUCUCAUUUCUGAUUGGUGGAGGCUGUGAUAUAAAAUUGGUUCGCGCCGAAUUGGUUAUCGGCAACAAGGUUGUCAAACAAGCUACCGGUCAAUGCAGUGAGACAAUGACUCGUAAAGCCUGGGAUGUCGGAGCUUUUGUUGGUCAACGCGCCCGCGUCAAACUGGUUGAUGUCAGUUCUGGUGGAUGGGGUCACAUCAACUUUGAUGAUCUGAAAGGCGACAUGAGAUGUGGACCGCACUGAGACAAAGUUUUAUUCAUUUUAUCUCAUUCCAUGCUUGAGCAGCAUAAAGACUGAUCAGGAAAGGUAGAUCUUAUAGGAAAAUGUGGGAGACGAAAUUUUGAAACAGGGGCUUUUGAUACUAUUUGUAAGCUAUUUAAACUGUGGGAAAUAAACUGUGGAACUAAAUUGA